ACGCUCACCUCUCGCUGGUGCCCAGGCUCCUUUGCUCUCUGGGAAGAUGGCGGCGGAGCGGCAGCCGGUAACUAACGCGGAGGAAAACAAGGAAAAUGAGCGGCCGACACAGGGGGGCAAGACUGGAGCCCUGGGAGACACCCUGGGACUGGAGAUCCUCCAAAUCAUUAAGGAGUCUCAACAGCAACAUGGGUUGCGCCAUGGGGACUUCCAGAGAUAUAGAGGGUACUGCUCUCGUCGACUGAGACGCCUGCGGAAAACGCUAAACUUUAAAAUGGGAAAUAGGCAUAAAUUUACAGGGAAGAAAAUUACUGUAGAGAUGCUGUCUGAUAACAGAUAUCUGCUGUUGGUCUUAAUGGAUGCUGAAAGGGCCUGGAGCUAUGCCAUGCAACUUAAAAUGGAGGCCAAUACAGAACCUCGCAAACGCUUUCACCUACUCUCUCGCUUACGGAAGGCUGUCAAAUAUGCUGAGGAGCUAGAACGUCUGUGUGAUAGUGAUCGUGUGGAUGCAAAAACUAAGCUGGAAGCUCAGGCGUACAUGGCCUACCUUAAUGGGAUGCUGCAGUUUGAGAACCAACAUUGGGAAGAUGCCAUGAAGGCAUUCAACAAGUGCAAGACCAUCUAUGAAAAGUUGGCAAGUGCAUUCACUGAUGAGCAGGCAGUGCUGUACAACCAAAGAGUAGAUGAAAUCUCUCCUAAUAUCCGUUACUGUGCCUACAACAUUGGGGAUAAAACUGCUAUGAACGAGUUAAUGCAAAUGAGACUUCGCACUGGAGGUACAGAGGGGCUUAUGGCGGAAAAGCUGGAGGCUCUUAUUUCCCAGACGAGAGCUAAGCAAGCUGCCACCAUGAGUGAAGUGGAAUGGCGAGGACGUACAGUACCAGUUAAAAUUGACAAAGUGCGAAUUUUCCUGCUCGGACUAGCGGACACUGAAGCUGCUAUUGCACAGGCUGAAGAUGAAGAGACUAAGGAGCGCCUGUUUGAAACUGUGCUGAGUGAGUGUAGAGAUGCCAUCCAAGGUGUACGAGAAGAACUCAAAUCAGAACAGAGGCAGAGGGAUGUUUUGCUGGAUGGGGAAACUGGCAAAGUGUCAAACAUACAGUUCCUUCACAGUUAUCUGUCACACAUCAAGCUUUCAACCGCCAUCCGUCGUAAUGAGAGUAUGGCCAGUGCUCUUCAGAAGGCUCUGCUUCGUCAGCCACAAGCUGAGGAAGACGGUAAAAGAGGUCCACGGCCUCAGGAUCUGAUCCGACUAUAUGACAUCAUCUUGCAGAAUCUGGCAGAGCUGACGCAGCUUCCCGGCCUGGAGGAUGAUCAGAGUUUCCAAAAAGAGAUUGCUCUGAAGACACUUGUUUACAAAGCAUACAGGUGUUUCUUCAUUGCUCAGUCCUACGUCUUGGUGAAGAAGUGGAGUGAAGCACUUGUCCUCUAUGAUCGGGUGCUGAAGUAUGCAAAGGAGGUUCGAAAUAAAGCAGGAGAUGGCAAAAAGAGCCUUAAGGAUCUGCCUGAUGUGCAGGAACUGAUAAUGCAGGUGAAUGCUGAGAAGUACUCUAUGCACGCGGCUGCCAUCCUGGACUCCAGUGAAGUGCCAGAGGACAUAUCUCCAUUGCAAGUGAAAGAGAGCAAGCCACUUUCUGAUCACCUGGACAAUUUCUUCCUGGACCCCAGCUUGGUUACCAAACACGCCAGCCUGGUGCGCUUCCCCCCAGACUUUCAGCCUAUUCCCUGCAAACCUCUCUUCUUUGACCUGGCCCUUAAUCAUGUGGCUCUGCCUUCUCUGGAGGACAAGCUGGAGCAGAAGUCCAAGAGUGGCUUGACUGGGUACAUCAAGGGUAUCUUUGGGUUCCGCAGUUAACGAGUUCAGCAAUCUCUGGGCCAAAGGAGAGUAAACUAUUUUCAGUUCAUGAGCUGAUCACUCCCAUCACCUGUCUUGCUCCUGGAGCCAGAGGUGCUUAUGAAAGCUGGAAAACUAGAAGUCAUUUUAUUUAUAGUAAUGUUGCAAUCGCCAUUGGGAUGCCUCAUAUGGUAUUGUCCACUUUCUUACCCAACGUGUACAAAAAUAUAUAGCAAAUAUAUAACAAAUAUGGAUAUAUUCCCAGCACUGCAAAGUGGAGCAAAUUUUAUUUAAUAUCCAUAAUAAAAUAGCUGGAUAUGUGAAUUUAUUUUAACCAUAACUAUUUUGCCCUCCUACUGUUCAUUGUGCCUAUAAAUGUAUGCACAAAGUGGGUCAUUUUUAUUUUAUUGUUUUGUAUUUUUUUCCCUACGAUACUUUGAGUAAUUAUUUCCUUCCCACCCAGUCUAAAGGCAAAGUCGUUUUUUUGUUUUGUUUUUUUGCUCCUGUUUUGGCGGGAUGUAUUUUUUUUAGAUUCAAAGUGAGGGUCAAUAAAAUGGCUAACUUCCAGAAA